AUGGGAUUCCCUUCUCUGAUAUUACUGGUUGAUGCGGCACUGGUAAUGGAAUGCGGCUCGAUAGUGCAUGCUGCACGAAAGAUGACAACUGUACCGAAACCAAAAUGCAUCAUUUACAAUGACGAGCCCUUACAUAUCAUAAUGGAUCGGGUGUGUGAGAUCUGUCAUGAAAUGUAUUCACAUCUGUAUCCGAAUAUGAGGGCCAAUUGCAGCGACAACGUUCUGGAGUCCAUAGCACAGCUUCAAACUCUGAUGCAAGUGCAGUUCCCAUGUUUUGAAGCACUUCUUUAG